UAUUUUUUUUUUCUACAUUUUUUAGCGAAAAGUUGUUCAGAAAAUUUUUUUUAACAAAAAAGUGACCCCAUGGUGCAACAACAACAACUAAUACUCAAUCCAAUAUUUAAUUUCAUGGUGCAAAACAGUAAAAAGAUUUUUGGAAAAAUAUUAUAAAUAUCCAAACUUUUGUUUUUAAAAAAAAGUUGUCCAAAGUAUAGAAUCUUUGUCUUUCGACUUUGCUGACAUAUAUCAGUCAAAAGGAAAUCAAAUAUUUUAAUUUCCAUAAAAAUACCCAAAAAAAUAUUUAAUCACCCUAUAAAAACCACACCAACUUUUAUUAUGUCCAAAGAGAGAAAAUAGAGAAAAAAGAAGAAGAAAGAAUUACUCUCUGCAACUCCAUUAAUGGCGACCAUAAGCUCUCUUUUUCUCAAAACUCCAACCCCAACUCAACCUUUACCUAAAACCCACAAAACCCAUUUCUCCACACCUCUCAAUCUUCCUCUCUCAUCCCGCAAAUUCAGGCCCGGACAACAAGCCCGGGCCCGAAUUCGCUGCGGGUUGAUAGAACCAGACGGCGGGAAACUAGUGAAUCUCAUCGUCGAAGAAUCCCAAAAAGCCCAAAUAACUAAUCGGGCUUUAUCAUUGGCCCAAAUCAAGCUCUCAAAAAUCGAUAUUCAAUGGGUUCAUGUGUUAAGUGAAGGUUGGGCCAGCCCAUUAAAAGGAUUUAUGAGAGAAUCCGAGUUCCUCCAAACUCUUCAUUUUAAUUCGACCCGACUUGAAAACGGGUCGGUUGUUAACAUGUCGGUUCCAAUUGUGUUAGCUAUUGAUGAUUUUCAGAAAGAUCAAAUUGGUGGGUCCAGUAGUGUGACCCUUGUUGAUGACAAAAAUAAACCCAUUGCUAUAUUAAACGAUAUCGAGAUUUACAAGCAUAACAAAGAAGAACGGAUAGCACGAACAUGGGGAACUACUGCCCCGGGACUUCCUUAUGCAGAGGAAGCUAUAACUCACGCUGGAAACUGGCUAAUUGGUGGCGAUUUGGAAGUUAUAGAACCGAUCAAGUACAAUGAUGGUCUUGACAGGUUCCGGCUUUCACCUGCUGAACUUCGUGAUGAAUUUACAAGGCGUAAUGCAGAUGCAGUUUUUGCUUUUCAACUGAGAAAUCCUGUGCAUAAUGGCCAUGCAUUAUUGAUGACUGAUACACGUCGACGACUUCUUGAAAUGGGAUAUAAGAAUCCUGUCCUUUUGCUUCAUCCUCUUGGAGGUUUUACAAAGGCAGAUGAUGUUCCUCUUCAUUGGAGAAUGAAGCAACAUGAGAAGGUACUUGAAGAUGGGGUUCUUGAUCCAGAGACAACUGUUGUUUCUAUAUUCCCAUCUCCUAUGCACUACGCUGGUCCAACCGAGGUGCAAUGGCACGCAAAGGCUCGGAUCAAUGCAGGUGCUAACUUCUAUAUCGUGGGACGAGAUCCAGCUGGUAUGGGUCAUCCAUUAGAGAAGAGAGAUCUGUAUGACGCAGAUCAUGGCAAGAAGGUGCUCAGUAUGGCCCCGGGACUAGAACGGCUGAAUAUCUUGCCUUUCAGGGUGGCUGCGUAUGACAAGACUCAGAAUAAAAUGGCUUUCUUUGAUCCCUCUAGGCCUCAUGAUUUUAUCUUCAUUUCAGGCACCAAGAUGCGAGCGCUUGCAAAGAACAAGGAGAGUCCUCCAGAUGGAUUUAUGUGCCCAGGUGGUUGGAAGGUUUUGGUGGAAUACUAUGAUAGUUUAGCUUCAGCUGAAAAUGGCAGAAUUCCUGAAGCAUUGGCUGUUUGAAUGUUUCAUUUAUUUAGAAAGUGAAUUACUCUCUUUAUAUGGUGUCUGAACAUUAGUUCAACAUUACUCUUCAAAUUACCAAUAAUUAAUAGUGAGACAAGUUAUAGGUUAUAGGGUGAUGAAAAAGUGUUUCCAUCUUGUAAAUUAUAGUGCUAAAUUUAUGCACAUAUUUGUGUGCACCUAUAUUAUAGGUAAUGCAACAACAAUAACUACCCAGUAAAAUUUCAUACAGUGGGGUCUGGGGAGGGUAAUGUGUACGCAGACCUUACCCCUACCCCGUUAGGGCAGAGAGGCUGUUUCCGAUAGAUUUGAUGAAAAUGAGUUUCAACUUUUCCGGUGGAAUGGGACUAUGUAGCAUAGAGGUUAGAGAAUUGUUUUUCAUUCUUCUAAUAGGGUAAAGCAAACUUAAGCCUCAUUUAUUUUCACUUAAUGGAGGUUUGAUUCUGAAUCA